CGCUCAUUUCGGAGUUGGUCCUUGGAGAGGUCGACAUGGCUUCCUCCGCUGCUCUGGCCCUGUUAGUUCUGCUGGCUGUGACCGGCCUGGAAGCUGAGAAACGUCCUCCAAAGGUUCAGGUGUACUCACGUCGCCCAAUGGAGACUGGAAAGCCAAAUUUCCUUAACUGCUACGUCUCUGGGUUCCAUCCUGCUCCUAUUGAAAUUGAAUUACGGAAGAAUGGAGAGAAAAUGCCAUCGGAACAGUCUGAUCUGUCUUUCAGCAAGGACUGGUCUUUUUAUCUUCUGGUCCAUACUGCCUUCACUCCCAAUGGAAAAGAUGAAUAUACUUGCUAUGUGAGCCAUGAAACUCUCAAGGAGCCCCUGAUAGUUAAGUGGGAUCCUGAUAACUAAUCAGAAUGAUGGAGGAUUGAAGAUGUAUCAUUUGGCAUUCAAAUUUUUUAUUUUGAUAUGCUUUUGUGAUUUAUGCCCCACAAGACAGCAAAUCAUAUUAGGGUUAACAAAAAUAUCUGUUAUUCUUUGUGGCUAUAUAUAUAUAGUCAUUGCUUGAUCUGUUUGAACAUGUAAUUGGAGGGGUUGCUGGCAGCUUAGGGAUAGGGAGGAAAAAUUCUGGAACCAAUUCAAUGGAACGGAACUCUUCAGGACCCUUUAUGGUUUAAAGUGCAGUACUUGAAGCCAGUGCAGCUCUAACCCCAGACAGUUCAAUACCCAGCCAGGGGUUGAGACAGGGAGGCUCAAAAAGUGUGCUGUCUGUGGUAGACCUCUCCUGAUCUGCCCGGUGCUCCCCUCAGCAGAGUAUUUCAAUAAAUACACCUGUCCCCCACUCUGUCUAUGGUCUAGUCUCUCACCUCUCACACUUAUGACCUAAACCUCAGCUCUUGUGUUGCUUAAAUAAAUAAAUCUUAAAAAAUAUUCUGAACUCUUCAGUAUUCUGUACACAAAAUGAGAAAGAUAAUGAUGUGGGCUUAGAGUUAACCUCCAAUUUACAUACUUAAAAUGUUGGGAAAUUUUUCUGAAAGAUAAUUGUCAGAGUUGUUGGAAAUUUGGUAUAAUGAAUGAAAACAUUUUGUCGCAUAAAUUCAUAUUUACCUCCUAGGACCUUUAAGUGUCCACAGUGGCAAAAAUUGAUUUAAAUUUUGUUUUGAUAAUUAAAAUAAUGGUGAAACUU